ACUUUAGGCUCUUUUGGUUUCGACAGAGUGUUCAUUAACCAACUUCCGGGGUCGUGAUGUCAUGUGAGACAGGUUCGAACGUGUAUCUGCCGGUACUUUGUUGACGACGUCAAUUUGAUUUUGACGUGCAGACAUUCCUUGCUCAGAAUACGUUGAAAAUAGAAUAAUACAUUUAAUGAUUGUUAUGAAUUCAUCGGGAAAGUGAUGUUUUGGGGAAUAUUCUGACGAUUUAACAGCCAGCAAGUCGUUCACGUUGGGCCCCAAGAUGGAUAAGGAGUGUACGGUGUUUGUCAUAAAUGUCACAGAGCUCAGUGCGGAAAACCUCCAUGAGGACUACCUGCAGAAUGCUAAGGAACUGGUGAAAAAUAUGAUAGAAAAACUGAUUUUCAUCACGCCGAAAAGUGAAGCAGGAAUUAUUCUCACCGGCAUUGGGAACGAUAGUAAUUCCCCUGAGAUGUACUACCAGGCGAUUCAAACGGUUUCUUGGGAUAUGGUGGAAAAGGUUGAACAAAUCCAGAAUGUGGAAAUUUCCGUAAGCUGGCUGGCCGGACUGCAGGCUGCUCUGAAUGACAUAAAUGAUGCAUUUGGAUGGAAGAAAUUAAAAGUUGUGCUUAUCUCAUAUUUCCCGCCAGAGGCACUUCAGAGAUUUGACAAUCUCGAUAACAUAGCUGAAAUAUUCCAAAUGAACCAGAUAGAACUAAUAUGUUGUGGUCCCGAAAAUUUGAUGAACAGCCCGGAAGAACGGCUCAACAACAGUGAACAAAAGAUAUUGGAGUUUUGUAAAAAAGCUAAAGGUUGGUAUCGUCCUUUCGACUCCGUACUGAAACAAUCAAGGUUCUACGAGUCAGGACGCACGAGAUUUUGUCCAUGGAACUGCAAUUUAGAAAUACAUACCAUUAAGAUCCCUGUCAGAGUAGCUGUUAAAGUCUCUAAGAACGAAAUGAAAAAACCGUGGUCACUAGUCUCAAUAGCUACUGAAGAUGGGAUAGUAAGAGAGGCCCCAAUGCCAAUCGGGCAAAAGAAAGAAUUGGUCGAUCGCACCAAGACUGUCCAUGAGAUAAAGGAUACAAUCAAAGGUUACAUGUGUGGAAAAACAUUCAUCCCCGUUACGGAGGACGACGAAAAAGGUAUGGAGCUGCCAUAUGAGGAAACAUCGUUCAAACUGUACGGAGUUACCAAACCGGAGACCGUUUUAUUCAGAUAUAGGACUGGUCCUUCGACAUGGCUGGUCCUUCCUCAAGAGGGGCAUGAAGAUCCUUUCUUCUAUUUUUUGAAAAUCAUGAAGCAAUUGAACCUCGUGGGACUCGUCAGGAGAAUUUACAACAAUGGGGCUAAGAAUCCCACGAUGAAUAUUUUAACGCCAUGUACUGAGAAUGUCGAAUUGCCGAUGUGUUUCAUAAUGCACCAGCUGAUAUUCGCUGAAGAGGAAUGCAGACUGGAAGUCCAAUCGUUGGAUCCAGUAAUCUCAAACUUGACAAAAAAGGAACAAGACGUAGUGGGGGAACUAAUUGAUUCAAUGCUCGUUGGAAAUAAUGGAGAAGAAUCGACCGAGCAGUUUACGCGAGCACCUCAUCGCCAGCAUCUCUGGAAUAUCAAAGCAUUUCGAGCUCUCCACCCAGAUGAGCCUAUCCCUCCUCUCAAAGACUACUUAAUGGCAAGCCUGGAGCCUCCGAAGUCAGUUAGCAUGGCCGAAGUAAAUUCAUGCGUAGAGCAAUUGAUUAAUUUAUUCGAGAUAACACCUGAGGAAGUUGUGCAAGUAGUCGCCAAGGAAACUGACAUGGAAGUUGAGGCGGAUGAGCCCGAGGAUAAUCUCCAGAAUAAAAACUUACAUAAACUACCAGCAAAUAAUGUGCUAAUCGACAAAAACGAAGAUAUAGAAGAACGUGCGUGCAUGGAUCUCGAUGAUAUGUUUGAGGAUUCAUAGUGCUGCUUUUGAUGGGCAUUCCAGUAUAAAUUACUACCACUAUUUUUACAUUACAACCAAAAUAUUGAUGUCAACAAUGAAUCAUUUACAUAUUGAAGACAAUGCAUAAUUGUGUAUAUUUAAAAGCAAGGAAAUAUUUUCCACAUA